ACUGAAAGUGUUUUAAAAAAUAGUUUUCACUGACAUUUCCGUGUCUCGCACUUGACCGGAACUGCUGGAUGUAGAGUGACUGAUUCCCGUCGGGCAGUUUUCAGUGUGACGCGGCCGUAGUGUGUCUGAUGCAAGCUGAAUGAGUUAAAUCACCAACACAAAACGGUGAAGAUGUCAGAUUUGAGCCCGAUGGAUCUGUACGAGAAGCUGACAGCUCAGGGAGAAACAGUGAGAUCUCUGAAAGCUCAGAAGAGCCCCAAAGCUGAUGUGGACACGGCGGUGCAGCUGCUGCUGCAGAUGAAGCUGGACUACAAGCGUGUCACCGGUCAGGACUAUAAGGCUGGAUGUCCUCCGGUGGACGGUGAGAUGCUGGAGGAUCACGGAGCAGCGCUGGAGGACGGAGAUGAUCAGGUGGAUCCCUGGAGCGUCUCCUCCAGCAGCGCCAAAGGAGUCGACUACGAUAAACUCAUCGUGCGGUUCGGCAGCAGUAAGAUCGAUCAGGAGCUGGUGGACAGAAUCGGCCGAGUCACAGGAAAAACACCGCACCGCUUCCUGCGCAGAGGAAUCUUCUUCUCACACAGGGACAUGCAUCAGAUCCUGGACGCGUUCGAGAAGCAGAAGUCCUUCUAUCUGUACACGGGUCGAGGGCCGUCCUCUGAGGCCAUGCAUGUGGGACACCUGAUCCCCUUCAUCUUCACCAAGUGGCUCCAGGACGUGUUUGACGUUCCUCUGGUCAUUCAGAUGACCGAUGAUGAGAAGUAUCUGUGGAAGGAUCUGUCUCUGGACGAGUGUCACCGGUACACAGUGGAGAACGCCAGAGACAUCAUCGCCUGCGGAUUCGACGUCAACAAGACCUUCAUCUUCUCUGACCUGGACUACAUGGGAGCCAGUCCUGCGUUCUACAGGAACGUGGUGAAGGUCCAGAAGCACGUGACGUUUAACCAGGUCAAAGGCAUCUUCGGCUUCACAGACAGCGACUGCAUCGGUAAGAUCAGUUUCCCGGCCAUCCAGGCGGCUCCGUCCUUCAGCAGCUCGUUCCCGCAGAUCUUCGGCGAGCGGACGGACGUUCAGUGUCUGAUCCCGUGUGCCAUCGAUCAGGACCCGUAUUUCCGGAUGACGCGGGACGUGGCUCCUCGGAUCGGUUAUCCGAAGCCGGCUCUGCUUCACUCCACCUUCUUUCCGGCGCUCCAGGGAGCUCAGACCAAGAUGAGCGCCAGCGACGCCAACUCCUCCAUCUUCCUGACCGACUCGGCCAAACAGAUCAAGAACAAGAUCAACAAACACGCCUUCUCCGGCGGGAAGGACACGGUCGAGGAGCACAGGAAGUGCGGUGGGAAUCCAGACGUGGACGUGUCCUUCAUGUACCUGAGCUUCUUCCUGGAAGACGAUGAUGAGCUGGAGAAGAUCAGACAGGACUACAGCAGCGGUGCGCUGCUCACCGGAGAACUGAAGAAGAGUUUGAUCGAGACGCUUCAGCCCAUGAUCGCCGCACAUCAGGAGAGACGCAGACUCGUGACGGACGACAUCGUCCAGCAGUUCAUGAGCCCUCGCAAACUACACUUCAACCACUAGAGACUCGCAGAUACACCUUCAUCAUCAUCAUCAUCAUCAUCAUCAUCUUCAUCAUGCUGCUGUCGCGUCCUGUAAAGCUGAUGCCACCUGUGACUAAUAAAUAAUGACACACUGGU